AGAAAGAGAACUUUUGUUUUGAUUCUCCUGGAGCAGGUGUAAAGAGGAAAAAUGUCCUCUUUUUCCGAUAACAACUUUGUCAAAAAGCUAGGGGAGUUAAAUAAUACACAGCAAAGCAUCCAGACUUUGUCGUUAUGGCUGAUUCAUCACCGGAAACAUUCGAAGACAAUUGUUCAAGUAUGGCUGAGAGAAAUGCAGAGAGUACGUGCAAGUCAUAGAUUGACCUUUAUGUACCUGGCCAAUGAUGUCAUACAGAACAGCAAAAAGAAGGGUCCCGAGUUCACUAAAGAUUUUGCCACUGUUCUACCUGAUGCUUAUAAAUUUGCCACAAAGGAUGCAGAAGAAAAAGUGAAGAAGUCAGUCGAUAGAAUUUUAGGAAUAUGGGAGGAGAGAGCUGUUUACAGCAAGCAUUUUAUCGAGCAAAUCCGACUUUGUAAACCUGGAGCUACUUCCGUCCCCGCAGAAACUGACCUGAAAUCCCAGCGAAAGAAAAAGGUGGAGGAAUAUGUAGUGACACUCAAGAAAAAAGGGUUUAAAGUGCAAAAUGCAGAAAAGUCUGCUCCUCCUACAAAGAGAAAAAAGAUGGAUGAAAUGCCAUCUCUUCGAGAAGAAAUAGAGGCAAUGCCUAAAGACGAAACUCAAGUUGUGCCUGACGCGGAGGAGCUUGUGAAGCGAUUGGCUGAUCUGGAACACUCCGCCUCCAGCGAUGCGGCAGUCAGGGAGAAGAUCGCCGCGCUACCACCAGAGGUCUCUGACAUCAACCACCUAUCCAAAAUCACCGAUAAAGAGACAGCCAUAAAACUAUUCCGUCAAGUCGAGGAUGCUUGCAUUCUUUUAUCCGAGUACAAUUUCCGCCUGAACGCAGAGCUGGAGGAGCGGAAACAGGUCGGAAAGAUAUUGUAUGAUUUCCUAACGUGCCAAAAGGAACAGGUGGUGAAAGGGGAAGAAAAACUUCAGGAGUCAAAACAAAGACUGGAAAAAGUGGGAGUGGUAAGAGAAGAGUUGAUGUCCCACAUCCGGAAUCUCCCAGACCUCACUAAAUUGCCCGAUGUUGAGAAAGGUCUGGCCCCUCUCCCCUCAGCCGGGGAUCUCUUCUCACAAUGAUGGUGCAAGUUCUACGUGUUCGAGUAAAAGGACUAGUGUAAAUGAUGUUGCUGAUGAGUGGGACUUUCUGAUGACUGCAAAGUGAUAUACGGAACAAGUUCUUACAAAGAAUCUUCAACUGUGAUUUCACUGAAUUGUUAAGAAUCCAUGUUGUAUGUAUACAUCCAGUGGUUUUCAAUAUACGUUUGUACUCCACAACAUUUUCCUGUAAGUUCCAUAUGAUGUGAACUAAGUUCUGAUCUGGAAUAACAAAAAACAAAACAAAAAAAUUGUGAGUUUUAUUGAAUGGAUGCACCACUUUUUUUGUUCUAUGUGCGAACAAUUCAAGCUUGCCACAUAUAUUAAUAUUGUUCAAGGUGUAUUGCUAGUUGUUGAGGUGCAAGCUUAAAAUAUAACAUAUAUAUACUGUAAACAGUGAAAUAUUGGCCUCCAUUUUAUUUUCGCCCCCUUUCGCCCUUGUUGUCAGUGGGCAAAUGUAAGACUGGGCGGUUUCAAAUGUUUCAUAUUGUCACAAGUGUGUCAGGGCGAAUUCAAGACGGGGCGAAACUGUUUGCAAGUGCUGAAGGAUGAAAUUACAUGGGGCGAAAAUAACCCUGUAUACAGUAUAUUGGAGAUUACAUGGGGCGAAAAUAACCCGGUAUGAAGUAUAUUGAGAAAGAUUUACACCGGUUAUUAUGUUAUUCCAGUUGUUUGUUAAUUGUGCAUUGCAGAGAUAAUAGUGCACUUGAUUAAAAAUUAUGUUGAAAUAUUUAUUUAAGAAAUGAUUUUUGUUAAAUUUUAAAGUUUUUGUGUUAGAGAAAAACAUGUACGGUAUGUUUUUUGCCAGAGAGGCAGUUUUUUUUUCUUCUUUUCUAUUUUUUUUUUUGCAUACAUGUAGUAAUGUACGAGAUUAGAAAAUGGGUAUGAUCUUGAUGAAUUGACAAAAGUGUUCAUGAGAUAAUUUUAGCAUACAUUUUGAUAAAUGUAAAAAUAAAAUGUUAUGAACCUAUGAUUCUUUUCUAAGCCCUGAUCUUUUUUACAUUAAUUUGAUUGCCAUUCAGUUGACGAUAUGCAUUACUGCAUUUUAAAUAGAAGUAAGAUUUGUUUUAUUUUUUUUAGUUAUUAUGAAAGUAUAUAUUUGCAUGAUUUAUUUUUUACUACCCCCCCCCCCCCCAA